GUUCUUUCAAGUUCUAUUGCAAUCGAUAAACCAUUUACAGCUUUCUCUAAACCCUCAGUACCUUCCCCCUCCCGAACAAAGAUCAUAAUGUCUACAGAAGCAUCGAGCUCAGCAGGACCAUCAGCCCCUGUCGUGGACGUUUCCCCAGUCCAGCAAAAGGUUAACACCGCGAAACAGCUGAAGGACAAUGGCGAUCAGGCGUUUAAAGCAGGAAAGACGAAAGAAGCGUUGGGCUUUUACCAUCAGGCCUUGAUGUAUCUACACGGUCUAGACAAGAAUGCACUUCAGAGUAUUGGGAUGGGCUCUAAACCAGCAUCGCCCGAUGAAGCCAAGGACGGGAAAGACGCCAAAGUGAAGACGGAGGUCGACGAGAUCCUCGAGAAGGUCUACGCCAACAUGUCUGCAUGCCACUUGAAGAACGAGAACUGGCAGAGAGCGGUUGAUACGGCAGACAAGGCUCUCAAGAUUAACGAGAACAACUUCAAAGCAAUGUUCCGGAAAGGCAAGGGACUCGGACAGCAAGGAUUCUUCGAGAAAGCCGUCAAGAUCCUUGAGGAAGUGAAGACGAAGAACCCAUCAGACGCAGCUAUAUGCGACCAGGAAAUAGCGCGUCUUAGGGUCAUUGAUAACGAACGAGAAAGAGCCCACAAGCAGAAGCUCAAAGGAUUCUUGAACAAGGACAAAGCUAAGGCAGCUCUGGCUGAAGCACAUUCAUGAUUCAACGCCGCAGUCUGUGGAUUUGUCUACCUGCUUUCGAUCAUUGAUAUCCAGUUUUCGCAUGUGAUCGUAUCUACUAAUCCGACCCUUGCUCGCCGUUCAUUAUGUCAACUUCACCACCUUCUCA